AUGCGCACUCUGACAGGUCGGUACGUGGACUGCGCUGCCUCUGUUCACGUGGCGGACGCGAGCGGCGGCGGCUGCGGCGCACGAGCCCUCCAGGUGCGCGCCGGCUCGUUCCCAGUGGCUGAGAGCGCGUUCAGCUUCCAGGUGCAGGACGGCGCCUUCAGUGACACCCAGCAGCAGUUUGUGGAUGUCAUGUUGCCCGGUAACGGCUACAGCAACACCGACCACGGCACCAGCUACAGCGCCGCCCUGCCGCCCAGCCUGCCGCUGCCCUGGGCUCACGGUCUCUCCUCUGAUGCAGACUACUACGGCCACGGCAUGGCUCCUGCCUCACCACCGGAUUCCUUGAAGCUCUGCAGCCCGGUGGAUCCCAACAGCUACUCUCCACAGGACUCUUUCUCCUCCUCUUCCUCCUCCUCCUGCUACGACUCGCCCACCAGGAUGGAGUCCAGCUACCAACCUUUCACUCCGGAGCACUACCACUACCACCAGUGUAACCUGCAGGACUGUUACUGCCUGUCCCACUGCUGGACCGGCCAGCAAGAGAGCUUUUCUGCCCCCGAGUACGCACCUUACUACGGCCCCACAGACUAUGCAUACCCCUGUCCCGUUGAAGAGAACUAUUUUAGGAGGGAUCUCCCCAUGAGCUCAGAAAUGUGCUACAAUGUACUAUGAUGAGACCUUCACCAGUAUUGCGUUUGUUGCUCUGACCAUGUAAAUACGAUGCACUGCAAAUACACCAAGUCUGUAGUGAGACCACCACUGUUUACUCAGCUGCUUUGCAUUUCAGUGUGUGCUCUGAUCGCUUUUUGCUAUGACAAAUUGGUGGUUGACUGAAUGGAUAAUGGAAAGGCUCACUUUAUUUUUAUAUCAAUGACUCCUUUUUGUACCAUUUAGAUUAUUUUCA